UUAUAAACGAAAAAAAUAAUAAUAAUAAUAUGAAUCCAUAUGAAAUAAAUGAAAUGUUGGAUUCCGAUUUUGACGAUGACGACGACUCGGAUAAAGAUCCAGAUUAUAAUACUUCUGCAUUUGAAGACGAUUCAGAUCAACAUAUUAUUGAAACAGAAGAAAAUGGUGAUGCACUGUCGGGUAUAUAUUAUUUUAAUGAUGAGAAUAUUAACAGAACUGAAUCACUUGCUGAUAUAUCUCAUAUUAGUGGUUCUGAAAUGUCUGUCGAUUCUCCACCACCUGCUAAUAUUCCAAGUACUAUACCUCAUCAGGCUCCUCAACAAAUUGAUCGCCAGUGGAGAGAUGAUGACCAAAAUAUUAAUAUUUAUACUUUCAACACAAAUAACAGCAAUAUUGGUUUGAAUCCAGAUCUAAUUGACACUCUUCAAGAUGGAACUCCAUUAGAUUUUUAUCAAUGUAUAGUAAGUAAUGAUAUAAUACAUAAAAUUGUGAUAGAAACUAAUAAAUAUGCUGCUCAACUAUUGAGUGCUAGAACAAUUUCACCACAUGCACGUUUAAACAAAUGGCACGAUACAAAUGAAUGUGAAAUAAAACAAUUUUUUGGUCUUCUUAUAUGGACAGGAUUAGUUUCACUGCCAUCCUAUCAUCUUUAUUGGAGUUUAUCAAGAAUUUAUUCUACACAAUUUGGUACUAUAAUGAGCCGUAACAGAUUUGAAUGUUUAAUGAAAACUAUACAUUUUUCUGACAAUACUUGUGCUGACCCUACAAAUAGGUUGUACAAAUUAGGAACAGUUAUUGAUGAUAUAAUGAUAAAUUCUAAUUAUUGUAUGCAACCAGACCAAAGCAUGUGUAUUGAUGAGUCCUUGGUUAAAUUCAUGGGAAGACUUGCUUUUAAACAAUAUAUUAAAAAUAAAAGAGACAGAUUUGGCAUCAAAGAGUUUAAACUAUGUAUUUCCCCUUGCUAUACUAUUGCUAUGAAAGUAUACUGUGGAAAAGAAGUUAAUAAUAUGUUAAAUCUUGGAAAUGUUGGAAGUAACAUAGUAAUGGAAUUAGCAGAACCCUAUCUUGAUAAUGGUAGAACAAUUUUUGUCGAUAACUGGUAUUCAAGUGUAGAACUGGCAGAAUUACUACAAUCAAAAAAUACAUAUUUAGUUGGAACAUUAAGGUGCAAUAGAAAGUCUAAUCCGAAAGAAGUAACUAAAAAAAAAUUGAAAAGAGGGGAAAUUGUGUCUCAGAGAAGCUCAUCUAAUGUGUUGGUGCUGAAGUGGAGGGACAAACGGGAUUUAGUUAUGGUUUCUUCUAAACAUGAUAGUGCUCUUACAAAUUUGAAAAUAAGAGGAAAAAUAGUACAAAAACCAACAGUAGUUGUUGAUUAUAAUAUUGGAAAAACUUCAAUUGACCUCUCAGAUCAGAUGACUUCCUACUCCAACCCUCUUCGUCGCAGUCAAAAGUGGUACAGAAAAGUUGCUCUAGAUGCAUUAUUAAACAUAAGUGUUGUUAAUGCUCUAGUUUUAUUCCAGAAAGUUACAUCUUCAAAAAUGUCUAUUACAGUAUUCAGAUCUACACUUGUAGAACAGUUAAUAAAUAAAGAAACUAUCACAGAAAUUAUAUCACAAAAACAUGUUUUAGAAAAAGCAAACAGAAUAAUUGUUUCUACUAAAACAAUAGGAAUAGAAAACUAUCAGCGGCCGUCAUAA